AUAAUACUCAAGCAAGAAACCACUCAAAACAGUGAAGCAAUCAUAACUACUAGUCUACUACUAUAAAUACACCCUCUGUACUUAGCUUCUAAUAUCCCCAAAAAAAAGGAGCUAAAGAAGCGAACAAGCCUAACCUUGAAAUAUUCCACACACAAGAAAGAUGAAGGGUAUCAUCAUUUCAGUGAUUGCAGUGUUGGUCAUGAUUCAGCUCAUGGUUGAGCCAGGACAGGCUCUUACCUGUGGUCAAGUGGAUGCUUCUUUAGCACCUUGUAUCCCUUACCUUACUCAGGGUGGCGAACCUGGAACUGCGUGUUGUAACGGAGUGAAAGCCUUGAAAGUUAUGGCUCAAUCUAUAGUUGACAGAAGGACAGCCUGCAAUUGUGUCAAGGCUGCUGCCAACCGAUAUGCAAAUCUGAAGGAUGAUGCUGCUCAGGCUCUCCCUAGCAAAUGUGGUGUUACAAUGGAUAUUCCCGUCUCUCGUACCAUCAACUGUGACAUAAUCAACUGAAAUGAUUCAAUGCAGCCAGAAAUGUGCCAGGCUGAUCAUGCUAGAAAUACAUGGAACCAAGUUUUACGUUAUCUACUUAAUUUGAUGUAUAAGAUGCUUUGAGAUAUUAUAAUAAUACAAUACAAUACUCUCUUUUAUC